CUUUUCAAAAGUUUCAAAAUCAUUUCGUUUUGAAAAGGCUCCAAAAGCUAAUCUCAACAACCCAAACCCUCCAUUCCAUUACACCCUAUCUCAAGAACCUCCCCAAAAGCUUUAUUCUAAAAUCUUUCCCCCCAAUCCCUCUCUCUCUAAAACAACAAUCUGUUUCUCUCUCUUGUUUUUUCUGGUCAAUUUUUUUUGUUUGAUGUACGGCCGGCAGAGAUGUAUAGGUUUUAAAAAUUACUUAGAUUGUGACUUCAAUUUGUGAGAGAUCGACUUACUUAGAGAGAAUCACAAUCCUCAUUGGACGAUUAGGUAGAGAGAGAAAGAAGAAAGAUGAACGCAGUGGGACGGCAAAUGCAGAGAUCUGGUUCAACCGGACACCAUCAGCGUCAGUUCUCCGAUAAUUUCAUAGAUACAGCGUUCAAUAACAAAUGGCUUCAAUCUGCCGGUCUCCAUCAACUCCAUUCCUCAAACCAUAAUACAGUUCCUCCUCUACAGGACUUCGGUUUUUAUGAUAACAAUGGAGGAGUUCAGGGUAAUAGAUUGAACAGGGAUGUGCAGAGGAGUGUUAUUGGAGGAGGAGGAGAUGAGGUGUCGACGGAUCCUUUGUCUCCGUUGGGUUGUUCGCGGUCGUCGAGCAUGAGGAAGACCGCCAGUGGUGAACAAGUAUCCCCAAGUGCCCUCAGUUCUGGGUUACUCGAUCUGCAUUCAUUUGAUACUGAGCUGUUACCGGAGGUUUCUAGCAUAUACAAUGGAUCUUCAUUUAAUCGACCUCUUCCUGGGAAAACUUAUGAUAAUUCUGAGCCAUAUGCCUCUACCAAUAAACUUAAUUAUCUUAUUGGUGGUUUGCCUGAGAACAACCUUCUGAAAAGCUUUUCUGCAGAUAAAGAAAAGCCCAGUAAUGUUGCGAAGAUCAAAGUUGUGGUUCGCAAGAGGCCUCUUAAUAGAAAAGAAAUAGCAAAGAAAGAGGAAGACAUUAUUACCAUAAACCCAAAUACUAAUUCACUCACUGUUCAUGAAACAAAACUCAAGGUUGACCUAACUGAAUACGUCGAGAAACAUGAAUUUGUUUUUGAUGCAGCGUUGGACGGAGAUGUUUCAAAUGAUGAUGUGUACUCAGAGACUGUGGAGCCCAUAGUUCCAAUAAUUUUUCAACGAACAAAGGCAACCUGCUUUGCAUAUGGACAGACAGGCAAUGGAAAGACAUAUACUAUGCAACCGCUGCCCCUUAAAGCAUCCCAAGAUAUUUUUAGAUUAAUGCAUCACACUUAUCGGAACCAAGGAUUCCAAUUGUUUGUCAGUUACUUUGAGAUAUAUGGAGGAAAAGUUUUUGAUCUCCUUAAUGAUCGGAGAAAGCUUUGCAUGAGGGAGGAUGGGAAACAGCAGGUCUGCAUUGUGGGUUUGCAAGAGUACAGAGUAUCAGAUGUGGAGACGGUCAAAGAGUUAAUUGAGAAAGGAAAUGCCACGAGGAGUACUGGAACAACUGGUGCGAACGAGGAAUCAUCCCGAUCACAUGCUAUACUUCAGCUUGCCAUCAAAAGAGCGGUUGAUGGCAGUGAAUCAAAACCUGCUCGAAUCAUAGGCAAGCUAUCUUUUAUAGAUCUUGCUGGAAGUGAACGUGGUGCAGAUACUACCGAUAAUGAUAAACAGACUAGAAUGGAAGGUGCUGAAAUUAAUAAAAGCUUACUUGCUUUGAAGGAAUGCAUUAGAGCUCUUGAUAGUGACCAGGGCCACAUUCCAUUCAGAGGAAGUAAGCUGACUGAAGUUCUUAGAGAUUCAUUUGUUGGUGACUCACGCACUGUUAUGAUAUCAUGCAUUUCACCAAGCUCAGGGUCAUGUGAACAUACUCUCAACACACUAAGAUAUGCUGACAGGGUUAAGAGUCUAUCCAAAGGAAACAGCUCCAAGAGGGAUCCAUUGUCUUCAUCCUUAAAUCUUAGAAGCUCAACUGCGUUGCCUCUAUCUUCAGUUAUUCCGACUCUAACUGCUUCUGAGGAUAACGUAAUGGAUCUUACUCAUGAAAGUAGCAGGUUUGGAUGGUCCAAACAAACUGAAAGGGAGCCGUCUCCAUCUUUUAACAUAGAACGUGUUCCUAGUGGAAGGGCACAGGGCAAUUUGGCCUCAUCUGCAUUUACUGAUAGUUUCAGGAGUCAGAGAGCUGGUCAAGGUAACAUAACUGAAGAUGAUUUAGAUUACUCCGAUAAGAACUUUGAACAAGACAAACCAUCAUGGAUGAUGAAUAAAAAGGUCGAGUCCUACCAAGGAUCAGCCUUAGAAGAAAAAAUGAGUAAGACUGGCACUCAGAAAAUGCGAAGAGAUCUGCCAUACUUUGAGGUUAACAAUUUAAAUUCAGACGAUGAUCUUAGUGCCCUGUUGAAGGAUGAGGAAGAUCUUGUCACUGCUCAUCGGAGACAAGUGGAGGAGACGAUGGAUAUUGUUAAGGAGGAAAUGAACCUGUUGGUUGAAGUUGACCAGCCAGGAAAUCAUCUAGAUGAUUAUAUAUCUAGGUUGAAUGCUAUUCUUUCACAGAAGGCUGCAGGAAUUCUGCAGCUGCAAACCCGCUUAGCUCAUUUUCAGAAGCGUCUGAAAGAAUAUAAUGUUUUAGUUUCUUCUUCUGGUCAUUGAUUACAUCCCAAAAAAUCUGGUCAUUGGAACGUGUCAAGCAGCGUUGUCACGAUUCAUUUCUUUCAUGCUGAGGACGUGUGGCGGUAUGGGAUUUUUUUCACCCUGUUUUUGAUUGAGUAUAUUUCGACAUGGGUUUUUGGAUUGAACUUUUGAGGCUUUCACCAUUGAGGUUUAUUUCUUUUUCUUCUGUAUUGUCACUGUAUUUCAAUAUUUAAUCACAAUGCUGUUGUAAAUUACCGAAAACUCAUGUGUCUGGCAUCCUCUUGUAAACCUUUGAUGCAUUGUCUUUUCUUUUUGUUACCAUGGAAAGCUUUUAGGAAUGCCAAGUUAUGUGUGGAUUUUCUGAAUCA